AUGGCGGGUGGCAGCUCAGACCGGCGCAGCUCAAGCAUAGACGUACUGCGCUCCGAGCUGGACAACAUCCAAGAAGCAGAAAUACUGGUCCAACCCCGGCCGAGCCUCACAGGCGACUCGACCCCAGCUGAGGGGGACACAGCACACACUGGAGGAAGAACCGCUUCAGCACGAAGGUCAAAUAGCAGCACACGCAGAAGUGAAUCUGGGGCACACAUCAGGUUCUCAGAUGAUGCAGGCCGUCGCCGUGGCCACCCGUCUUCGCAUCUGCGGCUUGACACGGACCUCUAUCCUAUCCAGAGCAGGGGCGAGGACACCGAGGCCGCAAGAAGAUGGCGCGAGAGCCGAGAUGGUCCCCCGCAGCCGGGUGCGUCAGCGCAAGGGCUGGACGGCGGACCCGAAGCCGGAGAUUCGAACCCAGGCCGAGUCAGCUUCGCCGCGCAGCCGGUGGCCAGCGGCCCUGAGCUCGCGCCUCGCCACCGACGCCUGCGGUUCAGGGGAAUCGGCGGGGAGGUGAAGAGUGUCGCCAGCGCCGCCGAGGCGAGCGCGAGGGUCUCGCGCGCCAAAGACUGGGUGGCUCGCCAGAGGGCCCGGACGAAACGGCUCAGACGGUCGCCCACGGGCCGCUUGAAGACGAGGGUUGCGGCCCUGUACAAGAAAUGGAUCUACGAAGGGCUACUGCGCCAGAAGCCAUUGCCUCCGAGCGCUGAUGGGAGACAUGUCCCUCUCAACCCUGGCCAAGCCCGCAGCAAGAGCCUGACGGAUGAGCGCACGGGGAAGCCUAUGGCCAAAGAAGGCUGGGAUGACUACAGAAGAUACAAGCUGGACAAGCUUGAGAAUAGGACCGAGGUGUGGGUGUUAGACCCUGCCAGGAGCCUAUUGAGUGAGAAACGGUAUGGCAAGCUGCGAGAAAAGUUCCGCAGACGCCGUGACGACGUGGAAGGUGAGCUGCAGGAGCUGGACCGGGUCGAAGAGCGGGAAGAUGAAAAUCCCCCAUGGUCUCAGGACGAAGACGUGCACUGGUCGAAAAUACAGUGGGAGGAAGUCCGUGUCGGCGACAUCGUCAGACUACGAAGAGACGAGAACGUUCCCGCCGACAUGGUACUCCUCCAUGCCACUGGACCCAAUGGCAUCGCUUACAUCGAAACAAUGGCGCUGGACGGUGAAACGAACCUGAAGAGCAAGCAAGCCUGCCCUCUCUUUACGAAACACUGCGACUCAUUAUCGGCUUUGAACGCAGUACAGGCCGAGGUAGUAUCCGAGGAUCCCAACCUAGACCUAUACAACUACGAAGGCAGAGCCGUUGUUGAUGCAGAGGCCAUGCCUCUUACCCUGAACCAGGUGGUGUAUAGGGGCUCGACACUGAGGAAUACGAGCGAGGCUAUCGGUAUUGUGAUCAAUACCGGGGAAGAAUGCAAGAUCCGGAUGAACGCGAGCAAGAAUGUGCACGCCAAAGCGCCGGCGAUGCAGUUCAGGGUCAACAAGAUCGUCAUUCUGUUGGUCUUUGUUGUCGUCAUGCUCUCUGUCGGCUGUUCCAUCGGUAACAUAAUCUGGGUAGACGACUACGAGAGGCAUGCAUGGUACUUGGACGAAGGAUCAGUAGCCUUUGGUCAGAUUCUCAUCGGUUUCGUCAUUGCAUUCAACACCCUGAUCCCGUUGAGUCUCUAUGUCUCGCUGGAGAUCGUCAAAAUCGGCCAGGUCAUGCUACUAAGAGAUAUCGAUAUGUAUGAUGGAGUCUCGGACACACCAAUGGUGGCGAAUACUACGACAAUUCUUGAAGAUCUCGGUCAGGUCAGCUACGUCUUCUCGGAUAAGACAGGAACGCUCACAGAGAAUGUCAUGAAAUUCCGCAAAAUGAGCGUGGCGGGUACCGCGUGGCUGCACGACAUGGACCUUCGGCGCGAGGCUGAGGCGAACAGAAGAAGACAAGCACGAAUCGAGAUGUCAGGUUCCAAGGCCAACAAGGGCAAAGGGAACCAGUCCACAAGAGCUUCCAUGCACACGAUGAGGACCGAGCCUGCUGAGGACCUCCUUCUCGAGGAGCACGUGUCAAACUUGGGCCCAAUCCGGAGGUCAGACUCAGUCUGGACGUCUACAACGCGACCAAAUGAGACCCGGCAGCUGAGAACGGAGGAGCUCAUCCAUUACGUACGGCGAAAACCCAACUCACCAUUUUCGAAGAAAGCCCGGCAGUUCAUUCUGUGCAUUGCCUUGUGUCACACCUGCUUGCCAGAAAAGAAGGCCGGUGGCAACAUUCAGUUUCAAGCGGCUUCGCCUGAUGAGCUAGCCCUUGUUGAAGCAGCGCAAGAUCUCGGAUACCUGCUCAUUGAUCGAUCCUCACAGAGCAUUGAGCUGGAACUUGCCGAUGAGAAUGGUUCAUCCGCGACCGAGACUUACGAGAUUUUGGACGUGAUCGAGUUCAGCUCAAAGCGCAAGCGGAUGUCCAUCAUCAUUCGCAAGCCAGACGGCCGGAUAUGUGUCUUCGUUAAAGGUGCUGACAAUGUCGUCUUGCCUCGGCUUGAGCAGAGCAGAUUAGCGAUGGAGACCGCCUCCGCCGUCGAUCGCAGGGCUAGCCUCCGCAGAAGUAUGGAGCAGGAGAAGGCUAUGCGGAAAAUGAGCAUGCACAGUGCGAGGAACAGCACAUCUGUUGCUCGGAGGACUGGCAGUUUCGCAAGUAGAACGGGCAUCUUUGGGAGAAAGAGUACCACGAAGCGAUCUGCAAGCAUGCAAAGGAGACGAUCGAGCGUCCUCGUAGAUGAAGUUGACUCGUGGAUCACCAACCGCGAAAGGGACGCUUCCGGGACCGGAGAGCCCCAUCUGUCUCAGCAGACUGAUGUGGCACGCGGGCGAUCGAUCGAGCUGCUCCAAUCUCCAGAGGCGAUGGAUGACCCCUACGAUGACAUGGUCGACGAGAAUAUUGCCGUGGACGACCACGAAGUCUUUGAGCGCUGCUUCCAGCACCUGGAUGACUUCGCUUCGGAGGGCCUGCGUACCCUGUUGUAUGCCUAUCGCUACGUACCUGAAGAUGACUACAGCCAGUGGAAGUCCAUAUAUCACGAGGCCACCACGAGCCUUGUUGACCGCCAGGCACGCAUCGAGGCUGCCGCCGAACUGAUUGAGCAGGGCUUCGAGCUGGCCGGGGCCACGGCCAUCGAAGACAAGCUGCAGCAUGGCGUCCCGGAGACAAUCGACAAGCUCCGCCGUGCGAACAUCAAAGUCUGGAUGCUCACAGGUGACAAGAGGGAGACAGCAAUAAACAUUGCCCACUCCGCGAGGAUAUGCAAGCCUUUCUCGGAAGUGUACAUUCUCGAUGCCACCGAGGGUGAUCUUCAGGAGAAGAUCGCCGCCACGCUUGUCGAGGUCGGGCGCGGGAUGAUAAUGCACCCUGUCGUCGUCAUCGAUGGGCAGACUUUGGGCGUGGUCGAAGCAGACGAGUCGCUCAAGGUGUUGUUCUUUGACCUCGUAGCUCGCGUCGACUCGGUCAUUUGCUGCCGCGCGUCACCGGCGCAGAAGGCAACACUCGUCAAGUGCAUCCGCACGCAAGUACCGAAGUCCCUGACCCUGGCCAUAGGGGAUGGCGCAAACGACAUCGCAAUGAUCCAAGCUUCCCACGUCGGGAUCGGCAUAUCGGGGCGCGAAGGCCUCCAGGCCGCCCGCAUAUCGGACUACUCUAUCGCACAGUUCAGGUUCCUGCAGAAGCUGCUGUUUGUGCAUGGGCGGUGGAACUACAUCAGAACGGGCAAGUACAUAUUGGGCACCUUCUGGAAGGAGAUCGUCUUCUACAUUGUCCAAGCCCUUUACCAGGAGUACAAUGGAUACACGGGGACGAGUCUGUACGAGUCUGCGUCCUUGGCUGUGUUCAACACCCUGUUCACCUCUCUGGCCGUCAUCCUGGUUGGCAUGUUCGAACAAGACAUCAAGGCCGAGACUCUGCUUGCGGUGCCCGAGCUUUACACCCUUGGGCAGAAGAACAAGGCCUUCAACUACUUCAUGUACUUUGGGUGGAGCUCCCUGGCUGUCAUCGAAGCCGUGCUCAUCUUUUAUGGGGUCUGGGGCAUCUUCAUGGCCAUCAACUUCAACGAGGACAACACGCUCUUUGCCAUGGGCGACCUCGCGUUCACGGUGUGCGUGCUAUUCAUCAACAUCAAGAUGCUCGUCCUGGAGCUGCACAACAAGACCCUCGUCACCUUCAUCGGCUUCUUCAUCAGCGUCGCCGGCUGGUUCCUCUGGAACCUGUUUCUCUCGGCCAUUUAUGAACCCCGACCCGGCCCUUACAUCGUGCGCGACGCGUUCAUCUACAACUUCGGGCGCAGGCCGACGUGGUGGCUCACGGCGAUCAUGGCGCUCGCCAUGGUCAUCGUGUUCGAGCUCGCGAUCAGCGCGGUGCGACGCAUCUUCUGGCCGCAGGACCAGGACCUGAUGCAGGAGGUCGAGAAGUACGCCGGCGUCAUGGACGUCAUGAAGGAGCACGCCGCGGAGGCGGGAGAGGCCGGCCCCGCUGCCGCUGCCGUUGCCGAUGCCGAAGACGGGAAGCGGGCGAGCCGAGACUCGGAGGAGGCGGGUGCCCGGCCCUCGCAGCAGCAACACGAAUGGAACGGCUACGGCAGCCAACGGGGCGGGAGGAGACGCAGUCGGAAAAUCAGUGGUGAUGUCUACGGGGCGCCGCCUUUCAUGGCGACGCCGGAGGAGAGGGACGUGGAUCCCCUGGAUGAUGCCGGUGGGCCUGUUGUUGGGUCGUCAAGGGACGAUGGGAAGGGGAAGCGGCAGUCUGUCAGUACGAGUGCCUACCAGGUGGAUGAGACGGUCAACAUCUGGUCCCACAUCCUCGGGGCCCUGGUCUUCAUCAGCCUCGCGGCCUGCGUCCUCACGGAGAUGCCAGCCCGGUAUCACACAGCCACAGCAGCGGACGUCGUCGUCUGCAGCACAUACUUCCUCGGCGUGGCGGUGUGCUUCGCGCUGUCGACCGCCUUCCACACGCUCAUGGCGCACAGCGAGGCCGUGUACCUGCUCAACAUGAAGCUCGACUUCCAGGGCGUCCUGGCACUGAUGUGGGCCGCCACCGUCCCGCUCGUCUACUACUCCUUCCCCUGCGACCCGGCUCUCCAGGCGGCCUACUGGGGCCUCAUCACCGCGCUCGCCGCCGCCUGUUCGGCGGUUACCUUCCUCCCGCGCUUCAGCGCCCCGCACCUGGGGCCUUACCGUGCGGUGCUGUUUGGGGCCUUUGGCGUGGGCAGUUUUGCGCUGCCUAUUGCUCACGGGGCGCUGGUGCAUGGCUUGGAGGAGGAGUGGGAGAGGGUGGGCCUGGGUUGGGUGUUGUGGACGGUUGUUUGUGAUGGUGUGGGAGUUGUGGUAUAUGGGCUGAAGUUCCCUGAGAGGUGGUUCCCUCGGCGCUUCGAUCUCUUCGGAGCGAGUCACCAACUGAUGCACAUGUUCGUCGUUUUGGCGGCACUCACGUACACUUGUGCAGUGAUAUCGGCCUUUGAUCACCGGUAUGAGGAGGGUGCCGUUUGUUGA